UCUCUCUCCGGCACGCUGCUCUGCUCGCCACCGCCGCUGAGCGUGCACGUUAUGCGUACACUUAUUGCAGUUUAACCAGCUCUACAUCGGCGUGAACAAAUAAAAGCGCUUCAGGAGAAGAAAACUGGACAACAGGAGAGCGAUGCCAUCUUCUGACGAACCCUCAGUACAGUUUCGAAAGGAGCAGAAUGAAUUUAAUGCUCUCCAGAUUAUUGGCAUACCUUUACAUCGGGCUCCAAGUCGCUCUCCAUACGUUUAUUUACCCCUGUCAUCUUCAUCCCCAACCCUGUCACAUCUUGGCACGUAUUGGCCAUACCGUGCGCUUGGGCGCGCUUCUGCCAACUCGUCAGCCAUCCAGGAUACAGGCUGCCCUGAACCGCGCCCUCGUCCACCUCCGGCAAAGUGGGAACAACUUCUUGCCUUAUAAUUUGAGCCUGGAAGUGUUGUCGCGAGAGCCGCUGAAUGGGGACCCAGAGUCCAUGUUCAGGUGCGUUUGUCAGGAUAUCGUUGUUCGAGGAGUUUCCGCCGUGCUUGCUUUCCCUCAAACCCACGAAGAGCUCGUCCAAGUGGAGUUUAUGUCAUCGUUUUUGGAAAUACCUUUUAUCAGUAUCAUUGAACAAGGUGAACCACUUAGAACACAGAACCGCUUCCACCUGCAGAUGACAACCCAUGUUCCACCAUCAGGCCUGGCACAGCUGCUGUUAGCUGUGCUGGUGAAGGGAGGAUGGCAGGGGGGCACCGCGGUCUUCUGCCCCAGCAGGGGGGAAACCGCAAUCCUAGAACAGCUGCAGCAUCAGGGCCGGCUGGGUGUGGACGGAGCACACUGGCACCUCUGGGAAACCCUCAACCUCUUCCACCAGAACAGGGCAGUAGCAAGCCCAGAGGAAGAGGAGCAGGAGGGUGGGUUAGAAGAGGUGACAGAGCUCCUCUCUCAGCUCCUGAGCCGUAGCCCCUCAUCCCUAGCCUCAAACGUGCUCCUGUUCGGGUCGGACCCGGAGUGUGUGGCCAAAGUGCUGCAGGGGGCCGUCCGGCUGGGCCUCACCUUGCCCCUUGCCCGCUGGACGAUGGGCUUUCCCCUGAGCCUGGAUGCCCUGCAUUCCAUCGGCUCCCCGCUGGGGCUGCUUGCCUACGGCGAGGUCAACCGUAAGCCUCUCAACUUCUACAUCCGCGACUCCCUGCAGCUCAUCGGCAGAGCCGUGUUCGCCGCCACCAUGGUGAGGCCAGACCUGGCACUCAUCCAGAACAUGGUCAACUGCUUCGACAAGCCCAACAAACAUGAGGUGCCCUCCUCUGGACAGUACCUGGCCAGGUUCCUGUCCAACACAUCAUUUGAGGGACUGACAGGGCACAUGCAGGUGCAACAGUCCCACUCCCGCAUUCUCACCUCUCAUCGCUUCCAUGUGUGGAGCCUGCAGCGUGACGCCCUGGGCCAGCCCAGCUGGGUGACAGUGGGCAGCUGGCAGGCCGGGCAGCUCGAGGUGGAAGAGCAGGGCCUGUGGCCCACCGCGAGUCAACAGGUGGAAGACGAGAGCCCGGGGAUCCAACCAGGUGGGCGAUGGCAGGCAGGACUACCCGUGGCGGGGAGCCGGCUCCGUGUGGUGACCCUGGUGGAGCAUCCGUUCGUGUUCACGCGGGAGGUGGAUGACGAUGGCCAGUGUCCAGCUGGCCAGUUGUGUCUGGACCCCCACACCAACAGCUCGGAUGUCCUCGACCAGAUGUUCAAUGAGCUGGAGCAGACUAACAGCAGCUCGCUGCCGGCCGACGUCCGGAAGUGCUGCUACGGCUACUGCAUCGACCUGCUGGAGAAGCUAGCAGAGGACCUGCUGUUCGACUUUGACCUCUACAUCGUGGGCGAUGGCAAGUAUGGUGCGCGGAAGGGCGGCCGCUGGACGGGCCUGGUAGGCGACCUACUAAGCGGCACCGCCGACAUGGCCGUCACCAGCUUUAGCAUUAACACGGCACGCAGCAAGGUGAUGGACUUCACCAGCCCCUUCUUCUCCACCAGCCUGGGCAUCCUGGUGCGGAGCAAGGACACUGCUGCACCCAUCGGCGCAUUCAUGUGGCCCCUGCACUGGUCCAUGUGGGUUGGUAUCUUCGUUGCGCUCCACCUCACCGCCCUCUUCCUCACACUCUACGAGUGGAACAGCCCAUUUGGCAUGACGCCGCACGGGCGGAACCGCGUCCGCGUCUUCUCCUACUCCUCCGCCCUCAACCUCUGCUAUGCCAUCCUGUUCGGCCGAACGGUCGCCAGCAAAACCCCCAAGUGUUGGACAGGGCGAUUCCUGAUGAACCUCUGGGCUAUUUUCUGCCUGCUAGUACUGUCCAGCUACACUGCCAAUUUAGCUGCAGUCAUGGUGGGAGAGAAAACAUUUGAAGAGGUUUCUGGAAUUCAUGAUGCCAAGCUCCACCAUCCAUCCAUGGGCUUCCGUUUCGGCACGGUUCGCGAGAGCAGUGCCGAGGACUACAUGAAGAAAAGCUUCCCAGAGAUGCAUGAGUACAUGAGACGCUUCAACAAGCCUACCACACCAGACGGGAUUGCUACACUUAAGACAGAUCCUGCUCAGCUGGAUGCCUUUAUCAUGGAUAAGGCCCUGCUGGACUAUGAGGUUUCUAUAGACGCCGACUGCAAGCUGCUGACCAUAGGCAAGCCCUUCGCCAUUGAAGGUUAUGGGAUUGGAUUACCCCCGAACUCUCCUCUAACCCGUAAUGUGUCUGAGUAUGUCAGCCGCUACAAAUCAGAUGGCUAUAUGGACAUGCUGCAUGACAAGUGGUACAAAGUGGUUCCAUGCGGGAAACGAGUCUUUGCUGUUACAGAGACAUUGCAGAUGGGUAUCCAGCACUUCUCGGGUCUCUUCGUGCUGCUGUGUGUGGGCGUGACAGGGGCUUUGCUCACUCUGCUUGGGGAACAUGCCUUCUACCGUUUCAUCCUGCCUCACCUCAGACACUGGCAGAGGUUCCAGUACUGGCUCCACACCAGCCAGAAAAUCCAUCGGGCGCUAAACAUGUCCUGUGAUGAGGAGAGUAAACUGGAAGCAGUCGGCACAUCCAGAAGCCACUCCCUGUGUCUCUCUGACAGCUGUGACAUCCACCGCCUGCCCCCAGCAGACCUCCACACCUCUCUUCCUCCACCCUCCAGCUCUACCUCCAGCUCCUGUUCCACCUCCACCUCCUCCACCAAGUGGAACAAUGAAAGCACCAUGGUUGGCCGUGAGCCCAAGGACGGCAGCCACAAGCGUGUCCACUUCAACCUGGAGACACUCAACAGCUACCGUCUACAGGCUCCACCUACAGGGCCCGACCGGAGCAGGAGGGGUCUGGUGGGCAGUCCCCCGACGCAACUGUGCGCCAAUGGGGGCCCGUCUUUGGGACUCAGCCUGGUGCUGUCGCCUCCGGCCUGCUCCUCGGGUAGCACCUCCCUGUGGGAAGCGGAGCUCCAGGAGCUUCAGGGGAGAAUUGAGGAGUUCCGUGGCAAGCUCAGGGCUGCCCUGGCCCGUAGGGCGGAGCUCCAGAGAAUCCUGGAGAAAGAGAGGCGGGGCCAGGCAGAGGGCCAGUGGCGAAGCUUCCCCGACACCAUCCCCACCUCUUCCACCACCUCCACUGCUGUAGCCAAAGACAUCAACAGGAGGUGAUAAGCCCAGGCAGUAAAGGGAGGGAGUCACAUGGCCUACUACUUACUGGAGGUCCUGAUAGGUGAAACUGUCAGUCCCUGUCACGUUUGGAGCUCCAAGCGGUACAGAAAUAAGUAGCUCUACUGUGUGGAUCAACUCUAGCUGUGGAUGUGUGCAUUUUAAGCUGGAACAGACUGUCCCAGCUGUCCUUGCUGUAGUCUUUGCACCUGAACUCUGUGCUCCCAUGAGGAGAAACACUUUUAAAACUAAAGCUGCCAGAGAGAUCUCCACCUACAUCUGGCCAACUUCAAAACCUCCUUUCUCGUUUUUGUAAAUAAAGGAAUUGGAUCCACACAGGUCACAUAGAGGUCACCAUAUGUCCACUGUAACAGACAGCUUUCCAAAUCCUAGCCAAGCCUCUUCAUGUCUUGUGAUGGUGUCAUUUUUUUACUCACUUAAAUUUGUAAGGUGUAAGGUUUGCUUGUCUAUAGAAAAAUGUAAGUGGUAAUUUAGUAUGGCCCUGUUGGAAGCACCUGGUCCACUGCUUUCAGUAGCCACCUAUAUUACAUUAUAUUAAGUAAACAUUACUAAGUCUUGUUAAUACAUUUUCAAAUAAACAUUAUUUCUACUUG